UUUUAUCACAUCAAUGCAAUAUUUUUUUGUCUAGGUAUGAUGGCAAGUGGAGCAAUCAAUGUGGUAAGAGGCUCAAGGUCAUCAGUUGAAGAGCUAUUACAAAUAUACAACCACUCUGAAAGUGUUGCACUAGUGGUGGAUAACCCUGAAAUGUUUAACCGGGUUGCAAACACAUUUUAUUCAAGGACUAGCAUGAGGUUUGUUGUUUUGCUUUGGGGAGAAAAAUCAGACCUGGUUGGUCAAGAAAACAAGCACGUGCCAGUGUUUACUUUCAUGGAAGUCAUAAAUUUGGGACGAGAGAGUCGCCAGGCAUUGUCUAAUACUCAUGAUGCUGGUAAGUAUCAGGCUCUUACUAAGAAUUAGGUUUCAAGUAUAGAUAAAUAUGAUAAAUUUUGGUUUCAGUUAUUUAUUUAUUUAUUCUUUUUUUAAUGCUCAUAGAUUUAAUAUUUUAAAAAUGAAUCUUAAUUUUUUAGUGCUUAGUACCUAUGUGAACCACUAAAAUCAACUAGUAGUAACUAGUAUUGGGUAGAUAUACAA